AUGUUUUUGACUCUCUCUCUCUCUCUCUCUCUCUCUCUCUCUCUUCCUCUCUCUAUCUCUAUCUCUCUCUAUCUCUCUCGCUGCAUCUUCCUCUCUGUAUUUCUAGCCAACCUCUCUCGUCCUCUAUCUCUCCAUAUCGCUCUCUUUCGACCUAUCUCUUCUAUCUCUCUCUUGCCCUCUCUCUCAAUCUUCCUUUUGCCCUAUCUCUCUCGCUCUCACUCUUUCUGUCUCUCUCACCCUAUCUCUCUUCCUCCCUCUCUCACUCUCUCUAUACCUCUCUCGUCUUCUAUCUCUUCCUAUCGCGCUCUCUCUCUCCUAUCACUCUCUCUUUCUCGCCCUAUCUCUCUCUACCUUACACAGGUUUUUUCCUUGUUUUUCUUUUCCUCUUUUUUCUUUUUUGAACUAAAUUUUUCUGCCUCUCUCUCUCUCUCUCCCUCUUUCUCUCUCUCUAUCUAUCUAUUUAUCUCUCAUUCGUUCUCUAAUUUCUUAUUUUUCGAAUUUUCUCUCUCUCUUUCUCUCUCUCUCUCUCACAAACACACACACACACACAGUAUUAUUAUUUGCUGGAUUUUCGUCAUUAAAGUCAUAAAUAUUUGCCUGUCCGUUUAUCCAUUUCUCUCUCUACUCUCCUCUCUCUCUCUCUCUCUCUCUCUCUCUACUCUCCGUCUCUCUCUCUCUACUCUCCUUCCGCAUUUUGUAUGUCUUUCUUUUAGCGUUUUGGAUGAAAUAGCGUUUUCUAUGUAUAUUUCUUCUUCGGGUAAAUAG